UCGCAAUUAAUUUAUUUUUCUACCCCGUUUGUGUAAAUAUAUAUAAUACUACAAAAAUAGUAAGCAAGCUAAGUUCUUUUGUAUUUUGGUUUUUGUUUUGUUUUCGUCGGAACUGAUGCAAUUGUCUUUGUUCAUAAGGAUGGAAGGAGGAAGCAGCUUGUAAGCCUAACCUCGUCAUUCAAUUCCAUCCUCCAAGAAUAAUAUUUCGAUAACACAGUAAAUGGGUAAUUGGUCAUAUUCUUAGUGAUUAACCGAGCGAUGCUUUGGAGGAUGCUGGCGAGUGGUGACGACAAUGGCUUCUUCUUCUUUGAAGGUUGGUUAUGGCAUCGCCAGCAGACUGAGAGUGAGAGGUAUUCGGCCUAUGUCUUGUCUUCUUCUUCAGUACUCUACUCUUUUUCUGUUCCCCAACAGUUACUUGGCUCCGUUUCACUCUCGACCUUGUUAUCCAACCAAAUCUACAAACACCCAUUUGCAGCGGCCUGCCAAAGUCACUAAUCUUGAGGAUGCACUCCAUGUGUUCGACGAAUUGCUUCAUAUGCGUCCUCUGCCUUCCGUUGUCCGUUUCAAUCAAAUCAUGGGUCAAGUCGCCAAGCUGAAACGUUAUUCGGCAGUAGUCUCCUUCAAUAACCGAAUGGGUCUGUCGGGAAUUCGUCCUGAUGUUUAUACUCUAAACAUUAUCAUUAAUUGUUUUUUUCAUCUUAACCAAAUGGGGUUUGGUUUGUCUGUCUUGGGAAAAUUCUUCAAACUUGGUUUUGAACCUGAUGUCACGACCUUCAACACUCUAAUCAACGGAUUCCUUCUUCAGAAUAGAGAGGCUGAUGCUGUCGGUGUUCUGAAUAAAAUGAUGGAGAGUGGUACUUGUAAGCCCAAUGUGGUUACUUUCGGCACACUAGUAAAGGGCCUUUGCUUGAAAGGUAACAACACUGGAGCUAUCCAAUUGCUUAAGAAGAUGGAAGAAGCAGGUUGCAAGCCUGACAUAGUUGUCUAUAGCACGAUCAUCGACAGUCUUUGUAAGGACACUAUGCUUGUUGAUGCGAUGAACCUUUUCUCUGAAAUGAUGAGUAAAUGCAUUGACCCCAACAUCAUUACCUAUACUUCUUUGAUUCAUGGAGUAUGCAAAUUAUGGGGGUCAAAAGAAGCUACGAGAUUGUUUAAUGAAAUGGUGAGCAAAGGUAUAUUUCCAAAUCUGCACACCUUCAAUGUCUUGGUAGACACCCAUUGUAAAGAGGGCUUGGUCGGGGAAGCAAAAAGCAUUGUCGAAAUGAUGACUCAAAGAGGUAUUGAGCCUGACACAGUUACUUAUAAUUCGCUCAUGGAUGGUUAUUGCUUGCGAGGGGAAAUGGACAAGGCAAAAAAGGUUUUGGAACUAAUGCUUCGCAAGGGAUCCAUUGUUGAUGCUUAUAGUUACAACAUAUUGAUAAAUGGCUAUUGUAAGCAUAGAAGGAUCGAUGACGCACUGAUGCUUUUUGAGGAAAUGUCUAGUAGCAGACUUGUUCUGAAUGUCGUUACUUAUAGCACUCUCAUGGACGGUUUUUGCAAAGUAGGGAGAAUACAGGAUGCACAAAAGUUGUUCACUCAGAUGCAAGCUUGUGGGCAUCUUCCAGAUGUUCCCACUUGUAAUAUUUUACUGGAUGGCCUUUGUAAAAACCAAGAACUCCCAAUGGCAUUGAAACUUUUUCGAGAGAUGGUAGAUAAAAAGUUGGAUCCAAAUAUUUGGACUUACAAUAUUCUCAUCCAAGGUUUAUGCAUAGCUGGAAAAGUUGAAUAUGCAAGGGAUCUCUUCCGCAGUUUAUCGUCAAGAGGUCUUCAACCUGAUACCAGGACGUAUAACAUAAUGAUUGGUGGCUUUUGUAAUGGAGGGCUAACAAGCGAAGCGAAAAAGUUACUUAAAGAAAUGGAAGAGAAAGGCUGUUCUCCAGAUGAUUGUACCUAUAACUUAAUCAUCCGAGGUUUUUUCAAUAACAAUGAGCCAUCAGAAGCAAUGGGACUUAUUCAACAAAUAGUGGGAAAGGGUUUUGCUGCAGACGCUUCAACUGCGGAAUUGAUAUUUGAUAUGCUGUCUAAAGAUAAAAUAGAUCCUGCUUUGUUGCCAUUGAUAGAAAGAUCGUAAUGAAAUUAAUUUCUAUCUUGGAAAGUUGAAACAGAUCCUUCUAAUGAUCACAGUUAAUUUUGAAACUGUUGCACAUUCAAUUCCUUAAAUGCAUUAUAUAUGUUAUUAGUUUAAUCCAUUAUUUGAUAGAGAAAUUUGUAUUUUACUAUUAUGAGAUUGUGAAAUAUGUUUGAGGAGCAUGGUAUUUGGAUUGAUAUGGUCAGAUUAAGUGCAAUACUGCAACCCGUAAACAUUUAUAUGCUAUAUUAUAUAAUUUGUAUUUGAGUUGAGUCUUGAAUGUUGAAGGCGACUUGCCAAAUAAAAUUAUUGAGGUACUGUUCUUCAA